UAUUAUAUUGUAAGACAAUAUUGGACAGGUCAUAUAUAAUAUAUAUUCACAAACACGUACACACACCCAUAAAAAUGAAUCCUAGUCUGUCGGUAUAUAUAAUUUAUGACAUUAGCUUUUAAGAUAUCAAAAAUACACGGAGUCAAGAUUGCUGCAGGAGACCAGAACGGUCGUAUUUAUUUUUUUCAACUUUCUGCGUCUUAACCACGCAUCAACAAAACUCUCUAACUCUUAAAGGGGACGUGUCAAAUAUGCAUGUGUGUGUAUGUCGGUGAUGUGCGAAUUAUAUGUGAAUUAUAGAUCAGUGAUGUGUGGGUUGCUUGUAUCUGACCCUACAACAUUUUUUUUUUUUUUUUUUUUUUUUGAAUAUACACAUAUGCAGACCUGUUUAUACUUUAAUUUCAUAUUUUGGGGACUUUUUAUGAAAAAUUGAGACUUUUGAGGGUGGUCCUAGAGAUUUUCCGAGGGAGGGGUUUGCCAACAGUGUAACGGACACGCGCACGCGGCAAGCCAUAAGUCCACAAGACUAAAAGUGCAUAGAAGUGUGCCAUUUGGGACAGGGCCUUCGGCGAGUCAGCGGCGAUUCAGGAAGUAAAUCCUUUACAGUGAGGAACAACCGAUUGUCAUGUUGCUCUUCCAGAAGCUCUUCAGUGUUGGCAAUCUCAUCAGACACCUCUGCACCAGAAAACAGCUGCCCAUCCUCACACUCUUCACAAAGGACCCGUGCCCUUUGUGUGAUGAAGCAAAAGAAGCACUUGAGCCGUAUAAACAUAGGUUUGAGCUGCUGGAGGUUGAUAUCACCCUUCCGGAGAAUAGAGUCUGGUUUGACAGAUACAGAUAUGACAUCCCCGUCUUUCAUUUAAAUGGACAGUUUUUGAUGAUGCACCGUGUGAACUCAACACUCCUUGAAAGGCGCCUGGAUAAAACGACUGCAACUGAACAAUAAUAUCUGGAGAUGUUAUGCAUUGUUUUCUCUUCAUUUCAAAUAAAGUUUUUCACCAUUAGUUGUACUCUGAUUGUAAAAUGGCCUAAUUUCUGGACCUUUGGGUGCUUUGCAAUUGGAAGGCUGCAUCCUAGCAAAGAGUAUAGAACCCAAGAGGUGAAACUCUGAUGCUUUUUGGGUAACUGGACAAUAGAAUCCAUCACAUCUUACGCACCCAAAAUCAGUGAAUCUCACAGCCAAAUCAGAGAUGCAAUAGAAAAUUUCUCAAAUUCAGUAAAUUUUAUGACACCUACAGUUAAUGUUGUAUUGUCUUAACCUAUAUAUGUUUUAUGUGAUCAUUUGUGGAAUCCAAUCAUUACACAUCUGAGGUAACGUAGUUGGCCUACUUUGAGUAUUUCCAUUUUAUGCAAAUUUACAUAUUUACUAUUAAUAGUAAAUUAAUAAAUUUAAGAUCAUCAUGUUUGUAGCGUGAUCCAGGGGAUUAAAACGUCACGCUACAAGCAUAAUGAUCUUACAGAACAUGAUGCAUUGCUGUGUCUGUUAUCCCAUAAUUGCCACUUUUGGACACAGUGGCUGUUUUUUUUGUUUUGUUUUCAUAGUCUUGCUUUAACGGACAUUAAUAUAAGACAACACUGCAAAAAUGGUUUCUGUCAAGCUGUUAUAUUCUGUUAUAUAUUUAUUGUCCAACAUUCCCAUUUUUUUCUGAUGCAUGUCCUUAAUUUCAUAUGUUGGUAUUAAUUCAGUGUUUAUAAUGCUAAUUACUUGAACUUCAAACAAUUUUAACCCAAACUGGGUUUCUAGAGAGCAAAGGUUUUGUGAAAAAAGUGGAAGACUUAAACACAAAGUCUAAAAAAUAAACUGUUAAAAGGA